CGUGGUAACGUACAGUAGCAGCUCCAAUAGCGACGUAAAUUGUGAAUUUCUCGGUUCAAAAUGAACAAACCGAUGUUUGAACAAACUCUUGAAGACAUUCUGGAGAAGAAUCUACCAGAGAAGGAGUUGGCCGAGGUGAAGCGUCUCUUAUAUGGUCGUGAAUUAGAGGCCUUAGAUCUCCCAGAAUGGAAAGGAAAUCAGGACCUCGAUGUCCAAGGGUACAUUAUGGGCGGUGGCACCAUGGAGCAACUGCGUCCUCCACGCGUUGUUCGUGUCGGUUUAAUUCAAAACUGUAUCGUUUUACCUACAACCGAACCGUUGCAGAAGCAAAGAAACGCUUUGCACCUGAAAAUCCAAAAAUACGUCGACCAUGCUGCCAAUUGUGGCGUCAACAUACUCUGUCUCCAAGAGGCUUGGGCCAUGCCAUUUGCCUUCUGCACCAGAGAGAAAUAUCCAUGGUGCGAAUUGGCUGAGGAUGCUAAGAAUGGAUCCACCAUAAUACUCAUGUCUGAACUCGCUCAGAGACAUGGAAUGGUCAUAAUUUGUCCAAUUAUAGAACGAGACUCCAUGAACAGCGACACUCUGUGGAACACCUCUGUAGUGAUUAACAAUGACGGAAAAGUGAUGGGAAAACACCGUAAAAACCACAUUCCACGCGUAGGCGAUUUUAACGAGUCCACUUACUAUAUGGAGGGCAACACAGGACACCCUGUAUUCGACACCUGUUUUGGACGUAUAGCCAUUAAUGUUUGUUACGGUCGACAUCAUCCCCAAAACUGGAUGAUGUUUGGGCUGAAUGGUGCUGAGAUUGUAUUUAACCCAUCAGCAACCACCAGUCAUACAUCUGAGCCACUAUGGCCCAUCGAAGCAAGAUGUGCAGCCAUAGCAAACAGCUAUUAUACUUGUGCCAUCAACCGUGUUGGAACUGAGAUGUUCCCCAAUGAAUUUACAUCUGGAGAUGGUGCUGCAGCACAUCAUGAUUUCGGACAUUUCUAUGGGUCCAGCUACAUUACUGCUCCUGAUGGUACUAGAACUCCUGGCUUGAGUCGUUGUAAGGACGGUCUUCUUGUCUGCGAAAUGGAUCUCAACUUGUGUCGCCAGAUGAAGGACUUCUGGUGUCUGAGAAUGACUCAGAGAAUGGACAUGUAUGCCAAAGAACUGAACGAAUACGUAAAGAAGAACUUGAAAUUGGACGAGAAAUUGGACGAGAAAUCAAACCAAUAAGUGACCCGCACAAUGGAAAAUAUUCUUCUUUGCUGAACAUAUACAAA